CGCCGCGUCACUGUCCUCAUCACUAACCUGACUAUGCAUUUCCAGAGGUCGCCCGCAUGAAUCCCUCUCCCCAGGAGCGAGUGAGCGAAGUACCCCGCCCCUCCGCGCGCCCCUCCGCGCGCCCCGUCGGGAGGCAGACAGCACAGCCCAGCAGAGUCGGUAACGGGAGAAGAUGGCAGAGCGGCAACAACAGAAACACGAAGGCAGGGUAAAAAUCGGCCAUUACAUCCUCGGCGACACGCUUGGAGUAGGCACGUUCGGAAAAGUGAAAAUCGGAGAGCACCAGCUGACAGGUCAUAAAGUGGCAGUGAAGAUAUUAAACAGACAGAAGAUCCGCAGUCUCGAUGUGGUGGGAAAAAUCAAACGAGAAAUACAGAACCUCAAGCUCUUCAGACAUCCACACAUCAUCAAGCUGUACCAGGUGAUCAGCACUCCGACAGACUUCUUUAUGGUGAUGGAAUAUGUCUCUGGAGGUGAACUGUUUGAUUACAUCUGCAAACAUGGAAGAGUGGAGGAUACAGAAGCACGUCGCCUGUUUCAGCAGAUCAUCUCAGCUGUAGACUACUGCCACAGACACAUGGUGGUCCACAGAGACCUCAAGCCUGAAAAUGUCUUGCUGGAUGCAAACAAAAACGCCAAAAUUGCAGACUUUGGUCUGUCCAACAUGAUGUCAGACGGGGAGUUCUUGAGGACAAGUUGUGGUUCACCCAACUAUGCAGCUCCAGAGGUCAUCUCAGGGAGACUCUAUGCUGGCCCGGAGGUGGACAUCUGGAGCUGUGGGGUGAUCCUGUACGCCCUCCUGUGUGGGACCCUGCCCUUUGACGAUGAGCAUGUACCCACUUUAUUCAAGAAGAUCCGUGGAGGUGUCUUCUACAUUCCUGAGUACUUGACCCGCUCUGUGGCCUCUCUGCUCAUGCUCAUGCUGCAGGUGGACCCUCUCAAACGAGCCACCAUCAAAGACAUCAGAGAGCAUGAAUGGUUCAAGCAGGAUCUGCCUGGGUAUCUGUUCCCCGAGGAUCCCUCAUAUGACUCCACAGUCCUGGAUGAGGAAGCAGUCAGAGAAGUGUGUGAAAAGUUUGAGUGCACCGAGUCAGAGGUGGUCUCCAGUCUUUACAGCGGUGAUCCUCAGGACCAGCUGGCCGUUGCUUACCAUCUGAUCAUAGACAACCGGCGCAUCAUGACCCAGGCCAGUGAGUUCUACCUGGCCUCUAGUCCUCCACAGGGGUCCUUCAUGGAGGACGGCAUGCCCCUCCCUCCUGGAGUCAAACCCCACCCGGAGAGGAUGCCCCCCCUGCUGGCCGACAGCCCUAAAGCACGCUGCCCUCUGGACGCCCUGAACACGACCCGGCCCAAACCUCUGACAGUGAAGAAGGCCAAGUGGCACCUGGGGAUCAGAAGCCAGAGCAGGCCCUAUGAUAUCAUGGCUGAGGUGUACAGAGCAAUGAAGCAACUCAACUUUGACUGGAAGGUGGUGAACCCCUAUCACCUGAGAGUGAGGAGGAAAAACCCAGUGACAGGGAAUCUGGUGAAAAUGAGCCUGCAGCUGUACCAAGUGGACAACAGGUCCUACCUGCUUGACUUCAAAAGUAUCGAUGAUGACAUCACGGAGGCGGUAGGUUUUAAGUCGGGCUCGUCCACUCCUCAGAGGUCUGGCUCCACAGCUGGCCUGCACAGGCCCAGGCUCAGUAUAGACUCGCUCAAUCCGGCUCUGGACCUGUCCCAGCUCAGCUCCUCUCUGCCCGGCUCCCUGUCCCUGUCUUGCAGCGCCCCCCAGCUCGCCCCCCGUCAGGGCUCUCACACCAUGGACUUUUUUGAGAUGUGUGCCAGCCUCAUCACCACUCUGGCCCGCUGAGGCUGUACACUGAGGCUGUACACUGAGGCUGUACACUGAGGCUCUGGGCUGGAGCAGAGCCAGGCCAGUUACUCAUAUAUUUAAAGAACUCUGUCUCUGUUUAUUAUUUUUAAAUGCAGUCUGUGGCACCAUGUGUCUAAAAAGUGAGAGACAGAAGAGGUACAUUGAAAUGAAAGCAUUUAUUCUUAUUCCUGUAAAGUCAUUGGGUCCCCCCCCCUCCUGCACACACCUCACCACAGUGGAGAGCUGCACAGCGUACUGCUGAGCCCUGACAAAGGUCAGAUUUACAUCUGUUUUUAUUUUAUUAAGGCACCGCAUGUUAAACCCAACAGUGUAGUACUGUCUGAGGAACACAAUUCUAUUUAAGUUCAAAUGGUUUCUACUGUUAUUCAUGUAUAUUUGUAUUGUGUACUGCAUUAUACACAGAUGAAAUACCAAAAAGAGUUUAUAUAUUAUAUAGAAGGUGACUAUAAUUUAGAUAUCAAAUCUAUUUAUUUUUGAGAGCUGUUUUUAGUCAUUAGCUUAGGUUAACAUCUGUACAGAGUGAAAAUAUUUUUGAACAUGUUUAUGUUGGAGACAGUUAAUAUUGUGUUGCGGAGGUGUGUAUAGUUUUUCACAUCACACAUACAACAUGUCACAAGCCCUCCCUCGUGAUCAGCCAUUAGUUUGUACAUCAUUAUUAAAAUGCAACAUGCACACGGCUCCUUUACACUCGAGCUGAGCCCUUUAGAAUGACAUGUUGAGUGACUGUUAAUGUGCUGCUCACUCAUGUGUGCUCCCAGUGUAAUUAAAGAGAAGACGUACGGUGACAUAGAGAGGACACACAUGUCACAUGUGAGACACCACACUGAGACUGAGGGCUAUAGUCACCAUCACGUCACCAUUUUCUUUCUAAUGCUGUAUAAUGGAAGGGUGACUUAAGGCUAUCAGUGUUGCUGUUUUUCUUACUGUAAUAUUUAUACAAUAAUAUUUAGCAACACCCUAAAGCUGUAUGAAGAGAAUAAGCCACAGACACUUUGUUCCAGUUGCCUUAAAGAACAAGUUUGAGAUUGAAUGUGAUGAGGUUGACCAAUGAUGUUUGACUUUGGAGUUUUCCAUAACAGGCUGAUUAGGGGUGGGCAACAUGGCCUUAUAAACACAAAUCAUUUUCAGACCCAGUGAUGAGCUGCUAAUCUGGGCUGGUCAAAUAUUUUUUCUGUUUUGAAACAAAGACAUAUGUCUUCUACUUUUCCACACUAUCCUAUUGGUCAGUCUCUGUCAUGCUUUGAUUGAGACACAGGUGGAUUUAAUCACAGUCAAGUGUUGACAUUCUGAGAUUAAGUUUUAGUUACUUCUGAAAAAGCAAUAUAAAGUUAUUAAGUGUAAAUUCAUAUUCAUCAAAUUUAAAUUACAAGCUUUAAAAAUAUAAUAUUAUAUUAUUUUCGCUAUAUUGUCCACUCCUAAGGCCAGUUACUGUAAUGUUAAACCUCAGACAUGGAACCUUUAAAAUGGUUUCAAAGUUGAAAGGAAAGCUACGGAAAAGUUAAAGAUAAGUAAUUAUAAAAUAGUUAAGUUGUUGUGUGUAAGGGCUCUUGUGAGCAGUUUACGGAUCUACUACUUAUAUUUGUAGCCCUAUGAGAUGACUGCCAUGUCUUUACCAUUCUCCUGUACUUUGGUAGCAGAGCCAGCUGGUGUAGUGUACUUUUUGUUAGCCUUUUGUUCUUGAAUGUAAAGAGAGAGCAGAAGAUCACUGGACUGUUACCUUGUGCUGUUCUUUGUCAGACACAGAGCAUAGACUAGUUUUGGAUCUGCUGACAGACUACCUUUACAACUGAAGGAGCAGCUAAGAAGUUAUGCAAGAUUGAAUAGAUACUGUGUUGUGCAGAAUACAAAGCAUUUUUGAAACAUUUUGAAAAGGAUGGAUGGGAGUUUCUGUCUUGAGAAACAGAACAUCAUUUGUAAAUUAUUUUAAAUUUUUGAUGUGGAUUUUUUUUUUUUUUUUUUUUUUUUUGUGGAAAUGUUUUAUAUUUGCCUUGUGUUUUUAUAUAUUUAACAUGUAUCAAUUUGUAAGAGAUAAAAACUAACUAUUUUAUGGACCUACAGGAGUUAAACCUUGGUUAAAAGUGUACUAAGACUGUUGUGACUUAUAUAUUUAUGAGUGGACUGAGUUUGCCUUAAAAAGCAUUUUGAAGGAUCCCUUUAUUUAUUGUAACGACAGGCUGUUAUAUGCACCAGAACAUUUAUGCUCAGUACCUCCACACUGCAGAUCAGAAGCUCACAUCUAUAGUGGUUUAGUGCAAUAUUUGAAUCAUAUCUUUAACGAGCUGCAGUUGGGAUUGAUGAAGUAAUAUUGCAUCAAGAUUAAUUCAAGAGUAAAAAUCAAAAUAAUACAUUUAAUAUUUAGAGAUUUACUUUCUAAAAAGGAUAUGAGCUGAAGGAUAUAAUGGUAAAUAAUCAGUAUUAUUUAUUUCAUUUUACAUUUAGUAUAAUAAAGUUUAAAAAAAAGUUCAGGGAAAGUUCAUAGUUGCACACUAUGACAGUUGCAACUAAUUCCAGCCAUUCAUGAAAUAUUUACAGAUCCUAUAUUGCACAAAAUUGACAGUUGUGAUGUUAAAUCCAUGUUAGAAUGAUCAAAAACAGACCUGGAGUUGUGUUUUGUUUCAUUCACACAUGUUUGAGUAAUCCUGCUUUAUUAGUCUGUCUAAAUCUCCAAAGCUCAAAAUGCUCUGUUCCACCUUGUGAUGUCAUGAAGUGGUUGUUUACCUUUAGUUUAACAGAGAUAGGCAAUAAAGCUGAAAUCACCCAAAUGAUUCUAGUGAAGGAGUAUGGAGUUUUAAAAGAGUGUUUUCUGUUAAAAGAUCUGUGUGUUAAAGAUGUGAAUGAAAUAAAAAUACAACGAGGAAAGUGCAUUAUAAUACACACAAGAAAAUUACAUAACAUGGGCCCUUUAAAUAGCAAAUUUGGAUAAGACACCAGUUUAUUCAUACUGAGCACACACAAGUCCUAAAUGUAAUGUGAAAUAUCAAAAGGUACUGCUUGGAAAUGUGAGGGUAACAUAAACUCACCAGUGUUCAUCCCUGUUGUACUGUAUAAAUAUAACAACAUAAUAUGCAACACCGAGUGACAUGUGUGUCGUAUCAGAGUGCCACAAACCCUCUUGUACCAAAGUGAAGAUUUGUCUGUCUUUAAAUGUAACUCUCUGUUGUGUGUGUGUGAGUUGGGAUGAGUCCAAAGCUGUUACUGUCUGAGUGGGAUUUGGAUUUCUCUUCUUAUGCACUGCAUGAUACUGUGUUGUUGUUAUAAUUUGCACUUUAAUGAGUAUUUAUCAAAAAUAAUAAAACAUUUGAAAGUAAAA